GCCGAGUUCCCCGGCGGCUGCAGGGGGUAUAGCCACACUCUCUUUGGCCCAGCCACCUCUAGAGGGCCAGAGAGUGCCACGGUUUUUAUGAUUAUCAUUUAGUACGUUUAUUGUGGUCCUUAAUACCUAACAACCAACCCAGAACGGGGUCCUGUUUUGCUGGGCAUUGCCCAGACAUAGAACACUAGAUGCUUCUGUGAUCUGAAGCGUUUACACCAGGGGUCGGCAACCUCUGGCAUGUACCUCGGCCCGUGCCGCUUCCCGCAGACCCCAUUGGCCUGGAGUGGCCAGUGGGAGCCACGAUUGGCCGAACCUGUGGACACAGCAGAACUGGACGCCUAUCUCUGACUUUACCCAUCAUGCUCACACUGCCUCAUUAUCAGCAGUAGCUGUGAAUAACAGAUAUGUAGUCACCGGUAGCAGAGAUGAAACAAUCCAAAUAUAUGACAUGAAAAAGAAGAUAGAACAUGGGGCAUUGCUGCAUCAUAAUGGCACAAUAACUUGCCUGGAGUUCUAUGGGAAUGCACACCUAUUGAGUGGAGCAGAAGAUGGAUUAAUUUGUAUUUGGGACACAAAGAGAUGGGAAUGUCUGAAAUCCAUUAAAGCACAUAAGGGGCAUGUGACAUCUCUUUCUAUUCAUCCUUCUGGAAAAUUAGCUUUGUCAGUAGGAACAGACAAAACAUUAAGAACAUGGAAUCUUGUAGAAGGACGAUCUGCCUUCAUCAAAAAUCUGAAGCAAAAUGCACACAUAGUUAAAUGGUCCCCCAGUGGAGAGAAGUAUGUGGUGGUCAUAACUAAUAAAGUGGAUGUCUACAAACUUGAAACAGCUUCUGUCAGUGGUGCCAUCACAACUGAGAAGAGAAUUUCUUCAGUUAGAUUUAUAACAGAUUCUGUUCUUGCUAUUGCCGGAGAUGAUGAAGUUAUAAGACUGUACAAUUGUGACUCACAAAAGUGCCUUUGUGAAUUUAAAGCUCAUGAAAACAGAAUAAAAGACAUCUACAGUUUUGAAAAGGAAGGACUACAGGUUAUCGUUACUGCAUCCAGUGAUGGAUACAUUAAAUUGUGGAGUCUUGAACUCGAUAAGAUCCAGGAUAGACCAUCUUUGCUAUGUGAAGUAAAUACCAAAGCCAGGCUUACAUGUCUAGCGGUAUGGCUAGACAGAACUUCAGAAACCAAAGAGAACCCUGACAAUGCUACAACCUCUUCUUAUGGUAACAGAGUAAAUGAAGAUGAACAGCCAUUGAUAACUAGGAAAAAGAAAGUUUGUUGGACUGAUAAUAGUGAUAAAUCAGCAAAGGAAGAUAGGCAAGUGAUGCCCACGAAAAAAAAAUCAGAAGGUGCACAGCAAAAGAAGAAAAUGAAACUACAGAACUCAAAAUGAAUGUAACUUCUCUACCAUUCAAAUAAUAAGCUGAUAUUAGUAAAUUUUGGUAUCACUGUAACUAUUUUUUACACCUAUCACUUCUACUCAAGGCAUUUUUUGUCUCCUCAACAGGGCACGUAUCUCUGAAACUAUCUUAAUUUUGGGAGUAGAAAAGUUUUCUACAUUGAUAAAUGACCAUUCAGAAUUUUGGAAGGUGGCAAAUCUGAUGGUACUAACUUCUCUUGAAAUAUACCAUUCAGAAGUAAACACAUAAUGUAGUAUAUCUAAUAUAUAUUUUAAUUAUCUCCAGUACAUUAUAAAAAUUAUCUUUGAGCAGUUCUGAAACUCAGUUUAAAACUACAAAAAUUGCCGCAGUUCUGUGUUAAUAUACUUGGAUUUUCUGGUUUUAAUCAUUAAAACUUGGAAAUAGGUUUCAGUGAAAUAUACAAUGAAGAUGUCUGCAGUUAACCAGUUCUACAAUGUUAAAUUGUUUGCAACAGGACUGGCAGCCGAUAAAGAUCUUCCACAGUGUUUGGGCACUUGUAUCUAGGAGGACUUAAUUUUGGAGGGGGCCAGUUUUUUAUAUAAUUCAGAGUAAACUGUUUUUUAAAUAUACCUACUAGGCUGGAUUUUUUUAGUAAAAAAUGUGCCUGCCUUUAUCACUUUAAGGAUUAUUUUUAGACAAUCUUAAUAUAUACUCCAUGAUGUCAGAAAAAUAGAACUACCAAAAAUAUCCUUCAUAUAUUCACAAAAAGAAAACUUGUGUUUAACCCUUGAGACAGCAAUGAAAAGAGGUUGUAAAAGCAAACAGUAUAUUUUUUUGCCUUCUAAUAUUUCAAGUCUUUAAUUUUAAAAAGACCUGUCUGUGUCCAUAAAUUCAACCCUGUUUAUGUCCUCUUUUUCCAGGAGUCGGUUUACUUGAUUGAAACAAAAACUUUGGUAACUUUUAUGCAAGCAUUUUACAAGUAUUUACGUUUACUCUUGAGCUGUUGAAAUGCCAGUGUUAAGAAGUGGGCUAGAACAACUUUAAGAGGUUCUAUAUGUUUUAAAUGUUUAUGUUCAAAGAAAUCUAAUAUAAAUUAGUUAAGUUGGAAAAGCUUAUUUUCAUUUCUUUCCUUCUCCUUUUCUCUCCCCUAAAAAUGUUUAUCAAGUCUGUGCUCUGAGAUUUAUUGUGUAAAACAAAGAAAGAGUAGUAUUUAUUAUGUACGUAAAGUUGACUCCCUGAUGAACCAUUGUGCUAAGUAUUCGUACUGGGCAUAAUUCCGCCUAUCUUUAAAGGAAAGUGAGCAGAGAAUGUUCAGUAGUCAAAAUAAGAAUCAUGGCUGACAAUAGGCACUAAAGCAGAAAUGUUCUCUACUCCAGUGGUUCUCAACCAGGGAUCCCUGGGGGCCAUGAGCAGGUUUCAGGGGCCACCACCAAGCAAGGCCAGUGUUAGACUUGCUGGGGUCCAGGGCAGAAAGCCGAAGUCCCGUUGCAUGGAACUGAAGCCCGGAGCUCUGAGUCCCACCACCUGGGGCCGGAGCUGAAGUCUGAGCAAUGUAGCUUCGCCGGGGCCCCUGUGGCAUGGGGCCUUGGCAAUUGUCCUGCUUGCUUCCUCCUAACACCGGACCAGGCUUUUAUAUGCAGAAAACCAGUUAUUGUGGCACAGCUGGGCUGUGAAGUUUUUAUAGCAUGUUGGUGGGGGCCUCAGAAAGAAAAAGGUUGAGAACCCCUGUUCUACUCUAUAUAAAAAUUUGAUUAACUUGAAUAUAGAGGACCAGAUUAGUAUUGAAGGGAUAGGAAAACUCAACAAAAUGAAUUGGGGCCACACUGGAAAAGGAAUGCAGUGUAUCUUGGGGGGGCAUAAAAUAAAACCUGUAAAGUAUUUUAGCACAACAGCCAACUCUGGCUGAGCACUAAAGGGUCCUCUGACACAAAAACAAAACAAGCAUCAUCUGGACUGUGCUAGGAUCAUUCCCUUUAUGGUGGCAAUGUGCUCCUGGAGUAGGUAUCUAUGUUAAUCUUUUGUAAUUUUUUCCCUUAUUUUCCUAGUUGAAUUAAACCCUGUCUGUCAUAAUUUGAUUUUUAAACCUGGUUUAUAUUGAUUUA